UCGAAACUUGUAAACCCAAUUCCUGUGUCUUCGCCUCUCAGUGCAGUUGAAACUAGCGCUGAAGGAGGCAACUAGUUCACAUUGCAGAUCCAUCUGUAGAAGAUGUAUUGUUUUGUCUUUAAAGAGGAUGGUUCACCGUCUGGUUGCUCAUGAAGUUUCACGGACUUAUACAUACCUCAUUUAGAACUCAGGGACAGACAUUUGACCACUCAGCAGACCAUUGGGAAUAAGCAGCACGUAGCCUUCCCAAGGGAGAAUGAAAGGAGGGGAAGAUCUAUUCAAAGUGCUUGAUUUGCAGCUACUUUGUUCUCAAUGUUUCGAAAAGACGAAUGAAAGUACCAUUGUCCUUAAAAAUGUGAACCACAAAUGCCAACAACUCCAGCUUGUUGCCAGGAAACAACAGAACAGAAAUGGCAGCUGGAGACUUAUUCGCAGACGACCAGCUUUCAUUAAUCCUGCACGCUAUCAAGUGUGUUCCUUCUACAGGGAAGGCUCAGGUUGCAAGAGGAUGAAGAAUCGCUGCACCUUUGCCUGGAGUGAAGAAGAAGCCUUUGUUUGGAACUAUGAAAGACAAAACCAAAUUGAACGACACAAGCUAAAGAAGUUGAUAGCGGAAAGAACAAACAAUGGGAGUCCAUGUUCAGGCACAGCAAAUAAACAACAAACUGUUGAGGAAGAAAUUGUUAAUGAAUUUGAAGGACAAUUUACUGAGUUGUGUGCAAUAUGCUUUUACAGUGUCCCUCAGCAGCUUUCCUACCAAAAUAUUCACAAACUUUGUUCAUUCUCCUCUCAGCAUGGAUGGAGUCCAUUAUUAGUGCAUGUCCUUGAAGAUAACAGUGAUAUGAAGCAAUGCAAUGAAAUUAGACCAGUCUCAUCUCCAAACAACUUACAAUACUGCAAACAUGUUCUGCAGGGAGUGUCAUGUCAUGAUUUAAAGAAUUGCAGUUUUGCUCAUAGUGAAGUUGAACUGAUGGUCUGGAAAUCAGAGACACACCGAGGUUUGAAACGUUUAACCUUGCUUCAAUUAUCUCAGCAACAAAACUGGAAUGGAAAACCAGGAGCAGAGAGGGUGGCAGAAAACAAUGUUCAGUUUUAUUGUAGCGUCUGCCUGGUAAUCUUUUCUUCUCAGGAUAAGUUUGAGAAUCAUUGUACAUCCAUAGAACAUAUUCAGAUGGUCUUGACAGACACCACAGUUGUGUGGAACCACCGGGAACCAUCUCUUAAAGCCAACAAAUAUCAGUUAUGUUCAAGGUUAGACAUCUGUGAAUUUGGUGAGAACUGUAUCCACGCUCACUCUCACAAAGAACUUGAAGAGUGGCUGAUGCGGUCAGAGGUUGCUCAGAAGCGGAAGCAGUCAGCAAAACAUCAGGGGCUGUUAUCCUAUCAGGACAGAAUACUGGAGGAAUACAGGAACUGUAGAAAUGAAAUACUGAUUAUGUCAGAAGAAGUUGAUGACGUUUUGAUUUCAUGUGAUUGUGCAUUAAGAAUACCUUAUUACAAGAGAAGAUCUAAACUGAAGUGGAACUUUCACAUAAAAUCACAGAAACCAUUGUUGUUUGUUGCACUGCUGAAGAGAGAACCGGGUGCAGUGUUCUGGUUGGAAGGAAAAGAUAUACCAAAGAAGUGUGUUAUUUCUGAAGGCAUCAAAUUCCGAAUAUCAGAAACUACCUAUCAUGUUGGUGUCUUAUUUGAAGCUGGGACCUUAGGAACUUAUGACCAGUGGGUUGUUUUUGAUUUUGGAAGCCGACCUCUUCUUGUCAGGAAGAUUUAUGUCAGUAAAACAAAUGCUUUCCAACCACCAGAAAACCCAAACACCGAUGCCCAAUUUGUCAAUCUGGAGAGGUGGCACAGUGGCAAUCGGAGGAUUGUACCUUGCAUGGAGAAAACUGAGAAUGAACUUCUGGUGUUGCAGGAGUACAAGUCACCUGCUUUAUCAUUGGAAUAUAAAGUGAAAGACAUGGCAAACAUUCCGAUAACACGUGUGAAUUACAGAGAGAGAAUGCACAAUUUCCUGUAUCGAGAGGAACAAGCUGAAGAAGAUGUAGUUUCACGGCUGAGUCUAAUGACGACCAUUUUUAUCACUGACAUGUUGGAAGAUGUAUUUGAAGGGUUAAUGAUUGCACAAAAUGGAGAAUUAUUUGCCGUUUUCCCACCCCCUUCUGCUUUGACUGAUUCAAAUGAAGGCUUCCUGUUCAAGAGAGCAGUUAAUACCGUACUGUUAGCACCAAGUCCAUCAUCGCACAAUGUUGUUUAUGAGGCUGCCAUCAUUCGUGAAGCGACCACUGAGAAGCGCCUUGCUCUGAAGCUGUCUCUGCGUUGCCACACUGAGCUUGCAUUCUACAAAGGAAGCCAUCACAACGUAGAGGUUCAGUUCCAAUUAGACCGGCUUCCUUUUUGCUUCAGGCACCAAGCUGUGGAUAAACUUCCAAAUGAGCAAAUUAUUUUUCCAGAUAUUGUCAACUGUUCCAUUCCUCAGUUUACUGAUAGUAUUCUGACUGGAAACCAGAAGCAACGUGCUGCUGUUGCCUUCAUAGCUGGAAAAACAACUGAGAAAAAAUCAGCCCCCCCUCUUCUAAUUUAUGGGCCAUUUGGAACUGGAAAGACCUUUACCUUGGCAACAGCUGCUUUGGAAAUAUUGAAGAAACCAAAUACUAGAUUAUUGUUAUGUACUGACACUAACAGUGCAGCAGACUUGUAUGUCAAGGAUUAUUUUCAUUUCGAUGUGAAUACUGGGAAUCUUCAUGGAAGACCACUGCGAAUGAAAUAUGUGAAGCAAAACCCCAUUCACACUGAUCCCAUCACAAAACAAUAUUGCUUACUUUCAAACAGUUCAUUUGUUUUGCCUGACAGAAGUACUUUAGAAUCAUACCGUAUAGUCAUCACCACUUGCAUGGAGGCAAAAUUGUUUUCUGAACUCAAAUUGCCCCUUGGCUUUUUCACACACAUCCUGAUUGAUGAAGCAGCUCAGAUGUUGGAAUGUGAUGCACUGAUUCCACUUGCCCUAGCUAGCAAUAAAACACGAAUCGUUCUUGCAGGAGAUCACAUGCAAAUGUCACCCAAACUUUUCUCCAUCGAAAAUAAUGAGAUGGCAGACUACACCUUGCUCAAUCGUCUGUUCCAGUUUUAUCAGAAGGAAAAACAUGACAAAGCAACCAAAAGUCGCAUAAUCUUCAGGGAAAAUUAUAGAUCAGUGAAGGAGAUCAUUCACUUUGUGUCAAUGCACUUUUAUAUGCUAAAGACUGAUGUCAUUCAAGCAAGUGGAAACAUUCAGCCUCAUCCUCAGUUCUACCCUUUGAUGUUUUGCUAUGUUCAUGGUAUCAGCAGUUUCAACUCUUCCAAGUUAUCCUGGUAUAAUGAGGCUGAAGUUCUUCAAGUUGUUGAAAAAGUAGAGUCAGUUCUGAAUAGCUGGCCCGUGGAGUGGGGACAACUGAAUCCAAGCUCAGUGUGCGUAGUGUCUUCUGAAGGAUUUCAGAUUCAGUGCUUGAGGCACAGACUCAGGCAAUGUGGAUAUUCUACAGUAACUGUCGAGAAUGUUUUCAAUAUUCAAGGAAAACAGUUCAGAGUGAUGAUCAUCUCUACAGUACACACUUGUGAAAGCAGCACUUCUUCAAAGAGUGCUAAUUUGGAGUUUUUCAAUCAGUCUAGGGUUUUGAACACGGCGAUGACACGAGCCCAGUCUCUUGUGAUUGUUGUGGGUGACGCUGUGGCUCUUUGCUCUGUUGGAAACUGCAGCAAAAUUUGGAAAAAUUAUAUUCAGGAGUGUAUUGACAAUCAAGGCAUUUACCCAGAGGACCUCACAAUGGAGCAGAUUAAACAGGCCGUUAUUGACACUGAGAACUGGGCUUGUAAGGCAGAAGAUGAAAAUGACAAUGAUUCUUGUUGCUCAGAUCCAAUACUGCAAGAACUUUUAGAUGAGAGCAAGAAUGUGACUUUAACAGUGACAGAAGAAGGAUUGAUGGAUAUUGUUGUGGCAGAUGAAAUAGAACCAGAGGAGAACAUCAAUAAUCAAAUUCCAGCGGGAGCCACUCAGUCCUUACAGAAGAGGAAAAAUGCGCAGUACACAGAUUAUCCUUUACAUGUGCUGCAUACACUGCUAUUAACUCAGCCUUCAAAGUAUAAGCGAUGUGAGAUAAUCAUGGAAAAAUUUUACAAAGGCUAUGCUGUCACCCUUGAUGAUCCCCAGUCUAUACACAUUAAGAUAAAAGGUCGACUUAACUGUGGACAUUCAUUUCCUGGUGAUCAAGUUUUAGUUGAAAUUCUGGACCAUGAUUCAGGCCAAGUUGAUAACACUAAUCUAAGCGGAAAAGUGGUUGGAGUAUUGAAAGCAGGCGAUUUACCAAGAAUCUUCAUCUGCACAGUUGAUGAAUAUGAUUCGCAUGUAAUGAUCCCUAUCAAUAAAUGUGUUACAAAACUCUACACACCACCAGUGGAUAAGAAGUCUCGUAACAAAAUCCCUAUUCGCAAACGCAAAAAAGACAAAUUUGUGACAACGCAAAUUAUAUGUCUUACUGAAGAAAUAAGGAGGAAUAAUUUCUUUGUAGUUGAACUGCUAUGCUGGCGAAGGUGCUUUUACUUGCCACUGGGAAUUGUAACUAAAAUGCUUCCUGCAGCGGUAACAAUGGAAACGGGAAUGGAAAUACUGAACUUGGAAUAUCAAAUUCAUGACAGCUAUCCAAAAGAAAUUCUGAAAGAGAUAGCAAAAUAUAGCCAGACUAAGAAUAUUUUGGAGGGAAAUCGAAAGGACUGCCGGAAGUAUUUAACGUUCACUGUGGAUCAUAUGAGUUCCACGGAUCUUGAUGAUGCAAUUAGUGUGAGAGAGUUAGGUGACAAUUAUGAAAUUGGGAUUCACAUUGCAGAUGUAGCAAGCUUUGUGCCAAGAGGUAGUUGCUUAGACCGUGAGGCGCUCAAGCGUGGAGUUACUCAUUAUCCGCCGGGCAGAGAUCCAAUUCAUAUGCUCCCACCAAAGCUCAGUGAAGAGGUCUGCAGCCUGCUACCAGAAAAACCACGCAAGGUCAUCUCUCUGUUUGUUGUUGUGCAAAAGAGUACAGACAAAGUUGUUAAAGCAAACUUUUCACUUUCUGUCAUUCAAUCAGAUAGGAAACUUUCCUAUGAUGAAGCAGAGGAUAUCCUCAACUGCUUUAGUGGAAGUGAAUUGAGAUUUGACACUUUGGAAGAUUCAGUUGCAACAGCUUUUCACUUCUCCAGAGUUCACAGAAAAUGUCGACUUGAGAACGAUUGCUAUUAUGAUCAGGCAGAUGAAGAGAGACACCUAGGAAAUAGAAAAUCCCAGCAGAUGAUUGAAGAAUUAAUGAUAAUGAUGAAUAGCUUUGUUGCUGAAUUCUUGACCAACAAAACAAAAACAGUGAGUGUGACACCGUUGAGAUGCCAGGGUUCUCCAGCAUCUCAGCAGCUGGCCAAGCUUGAAAAUAAGCACAGAAACCUGAUUUCCCUUUCUAUUCAUCUCUCCCAUCACUUGGACAUCACACCAAAUGUUCAAUCUCCACCUUGUGAGAAAUUCCAGAUCCUGUCCUCUUUGUGGAGUAGCCUGAUAAAAGCAGCUAAGGAUAAUGACAUUCACAGGUUGGCAGAUUUCAUUGCAACAGACGAUAUCCACCCAAAUCUUGCACCGGUAACAAUGGAACUGAGAAAACUUAUGCACAAAUCCUUCUUUGUCCGUUCCAGCUCAACAGCUCUGUCAAGGCAAGGACAUUACUCUCUGCAACUUGAAUCCUAUACCUGGGCCACUUCACCCAUUCGCCGAUAUCUGGACAUUAUUAUCCAACGUCUCCUUACCAUGGUCCUAUGCAGGGAAGCAGAUCUUCCAUACAGCAAACAGGAAAUUGACAACCUAUGUAUGGAUUUCAACAGAAAGAAUAGAACAGCUUCAAAUUAUGAAAAAAAGGCUCAAUGCCUCCACUUUGCAACACAGCUUAGAAGUCAAGUGGUACAAAAGCUGGUAUUCGCUGUUGAAGUUGAAUCAUUAGCCAGAUGUUUCAAGGUCAUAUUCCCUUUGAAGUAUAAUGCCCUAUCAGAGCUCCUUGAAAUAAAUUACAGAACUCUGCAACUGGUGGAUCAACCUGCCUAUAAUGAGAGCACAAAAUCAAUGAAGUUAACAUGGAGGAAACGAAUCUACUGCUUAGAAACAACAAGAAAUUCUAUUCUUCCGCCUGCACCAUUUUGCAACCCACAUGUCUGCACUAUUAAUGCUAACACUUGGCAGCAAGUUGUGCAAGCAGUCAGGUUGGAAAGAUUUUCUGAAGUGGCUGCCCUUCUCCUGGAGAACAGUGAAGGUGUCAAAUCUAAUGGCAAGCAGGGACACUUUGGCAAGAUAGAUGUAAGCAAGUGUCAAAUUUCUUCGGUUUCACAUUAUGUACACAUUUCCCUGGAGGUAAAAAAUGGUGAUGCAUUGCAGUUGCAACUGAGCACAGAUAUAAAGAAUGGUUUUUUGGUACCAGCUGUGCAAUUGUUGAGUAUAACUCCAGCCUUUGAGAUUUGCAUUGAACAUGCAGAAAAUCCCAUUAUAUGCUUCUCAGAAUAUGCUUCCAAGUCGCCUCAGAAGACCUAUAAUAAUGCAAAGGAAUACCAAAGAAUCUGGGGACCAUUGUGCGCAAUGGAAUCUGCAUCAAGUUCUGUUUGCGAGAAUGAAGUUAUAGUCAUCUAUGAUGUUAAAAUAACUUGGAAGAGGGAGAAUACACAUGCUGGGAAGCUUCAGGGCACAUUCUGUAUUCCUAAAGAAUUUUGUAAAAACUGGCACGUUGGAAGUGCCCUGACUAAUUGCUAUCUGUGUAUCCGGUGUAAAGGCUUGAAAAAGAAACUAGAAAGGAAUCUGACCGGAAAUGAUGAGGCUCUUCAUCUAAAUUUUAAAGCCCUUCACAUAUCAGAAAACUCCUCCGAGUUGAACAUUGACCCUGACAAUUACAUUUGGGUAGCACAUGCUGUGACUGAAGAGUUUCAAAAUGAUGGUCCCAAAUCUGACAGAGAGACCUACAAUAAGACAAUCUUUUCUGUGUACAAAACCACCAUGGAUAUGAUUCCAAAUGAAAUAUUCCAGAAGGAGACAAAGUUUGUGGUGGAAAUUAUUCCCAAACUACUUCCUGAUCUACGGAAAGAGCGUGCUAUUCAGAAUCUUCCGAAUUCUUCACAGCUUGCACAGAAUAUAGCAUUGGGUCAACACAUACCUCCCACAAAUAACUCCGAAUUACCAUCAAAUGUAUUGAAACAGACCAACUAUUCCAUUCCUGAAUUCGAAGACCUCAAUAGAAGCCAAGUACAAGCAGUUCAACGAGCUCUUAGGAGCCCUUUUGCUCUCAUUCAAGGACCACCAGGAACAGGAAAAACUGUGGUCGGAGUUCACAUCGUCUAUUGGUUCCACAGAAUGAAUUACGAUUAUAACAACCAAAACUAUCCAUUGGACAAGGAAGACAAAGAUAAAAGAUGUAUACUUUACUGUGGACCUUCAAACAAGUCUGUCAAUGUUGUUGCUGAAUACCUGUUGAAUCUGCAGAAGUAUCUGAAACCACUCCGUGUUUACAGUGAGCAGAUGGAAAUGGUGGAUUUUCCAUAUCCUGGGAGCCAGUUGAUGAUCUCGAAGAAGUCAGUUCGGGAAGGAAAACCGAAACCUAUCCUGAGGCCAAUAACACUUCAUUACAAAAUACGCGAACCAUCUAAUCCUUUUGCGUCUAGAAUAAAAGCAUAUGAUGAAAUGAUUCAAAAUGGAACAACAGUGACAGAAGAAGACAUAGAGGAAUACAAGAGAUUGCUCAGCAAAGCACGGAAGCAUGAACUAAGAUGUCAUGAUGUCAUCCUUUGCACAUGUGCCACUUCUUCCAGUAAAGUUCUACAAGAAUUGAGUGUGCGGCAAAUAUUGGUGGAUGAGAGUGCUAUGUGUACUGAACCAGAACUGUUAAUCCCUAUUGUUGCACAUAAACAAGCAAAUCAGAUUGUUCUUUUGGGGGACCAUAAGCAACUACGGCCUAUUAUAAGCAAUGAGUUCUGUCGGCGUCUCGGCAUGGAGACAUCACUAUUUGAGCGCUAUGAUAAACAAGCAUUGAUGCUUAAUGUGCAGUAUCGGAUGCAUAAAGAAAUCUGCCAGUUUCCUUCUCAGAUGUUUUAUAACGGGAAGCUGGAAACUGAUCCUAAACUUGAGCGUCGUCCCCAAAGUGUCUUCUAUCAUCGUGGAAAGAUGACCUGCCCAAUAAUCUUUGGGCAUGUCCUGGGAGAUGAAAUUAGUUUGAUGGUCUCAACUGAGGAGGGAAAUGAGAAUUCCAGAGCAAAUAAAUUGGAGGCUGAGAAAGCUGUAUUCAUUGUGAAGCAGCUAACCUUUGCCAAAAUCAAACCAAGUGAUAUUGCAGUUUUGACACCCUACAAUGCCCAGGUGUUGGAGAUAAGCAAGCUGUUCAAUGCAAAAGGAAUUACAGGAGUAACUGUGUGCACUAUCAUAAAAAGUCAAGGAAGUGAAUGGCGUUAUGUCAUCCUUUCUGCGGUUCGUUCACUUCCACAACGAGAAAUCGAUAUGCAACCUUCCAAAUCCUGGUUGAAGAAAUAUUUAGGUUUCAUCACUGAUCCAAACCAAGUGAAUGUUGCACUUACAAGAGCAAAAGAAGGCCUUUGUAUUUUGGGAAAUGAGUAUUUACUGCGCUGUAGUAAUCCCUGGAAGGAUCUGCUGGCACAUUAUAGAAAGAAGAAUGCUUUGGUGAAUGCUGAUGAUAUUACUGUAAGAAAAUAAUUGGGACAUAGCUGCCCAACACAAAAGAGGGAACUCAGGUUUUCUAGAUUUGGAGUUUUGUUUUAAAAUGCUUGAAAAACGUUCAAAUUGGCUUUAGAUUCCAAAGUCGAGACUUCUAUGAGCAUUGUUUUCACUCUAUCUGAUUCCCAUACCACUUUUGAAAAUGAUUCUUUGUUGAAACAAUUAGCUAAUUAUUUAGUGCAUGACUGUCUUAAUGCAAAUAUUAU